CAAAUCAAACAAAAUUGAAAUUGCCAAAAACUGUACUCCUCCUAGGCUCCUGUAGUCCUCACUACCAAAAAAAGAAGCAAUCACGAAUUCAUCAAGCGCAACAAAAAUGGCGGAAGUGGAAGUAAUUCAUUCAUGGUCUGCUCCUCGAUCUCUCAGUACCAGUCUCAUGUACUCCUUUGCUCAACGGGAUGAUACUGAAGUGCUUGAUGAACCCCUUUAUGCAAACUUUCUUCAAGUUACUGGCGUAAAGCGGCCUUACCGGGAGGAGGUUCUAUCAAAUAUGGAAUCUGAUGGGGAGAAGGUUAUAAAUGAGGUCAUAUAUGGUCCUGGAAAUAAGAAAUAUCGUUUUUGUAAGCACAUGUCUAAACAACGCCUACCUGGCUUGCCAGAUGAUUUGAUGAAGAAGGGAAAGCACUUCAUAUUGAUAAGAAAUCCGAUGGAUGUUCUGCCAUCCUUUGACAAGGUUGUAACCCCAACUUUUCUUGAAGUGGGUUUAGCUGCUCUCGUCACCAUAUACAGUGAGCUCUCUUAUCUUGGAAACCCGCCUGUUAUCGUCGAUGCUGGAGAACUUCAACGAGAUCCAGAGGGAGCUUUACGUGGUCUUUGUGAGGACCUGAAUAUUCCCUUUCAGCCAGCAAUGCUCAAAUGGGAAGCCGGUCCAAAACACAUUGAUGGUGUCUGGGCUCCGUGGUGGUAUGAAGGUGUGCAUAAGUCAACUGGUUUCAAAACAGAAAACAAAUAUCCCAAGACGUUUCCAUCGUCUCUCUAUGACUUAUUGGAACAAUGUCUACCCUUCUACAACUUUCUAAAGCGUCGUCUUAAAAGGUCCUCUUCCCUUCUAAGUUCACCCUUGCCCCAUCCCAGUCUUCCUGUUCCAGCAAAUAAGAAGUUACUUGCAUGGGUUGGUGAUGAGAUUCUACCUCGCGAUAGUGCAAAGGUUUCAGUUCUAGACUCAGUAGUACAAGGAGGUGAUUCUGUUUGGGAAGGACUCCGAAUUUACAAAGGAAAAAUCUUUAAGCUGGAGGAACAUUUGGAUAGACUGUUUGACUCUGCAAAAGCUUUGGCUUUCAGCAAUGUUCCAACACGCGAAGAGAUCAAGGAAGCUAUUUUCACCACUCUAAUUAGGAAUGGCAUGUUUGAUAAUUCCCAUAUUCGUCUAAGUUUAACUCGCGGCAAGAAGGUUACUUCUGGAAUGAGUCCUGCAUUCAAUCUUUAUGGCUGCACCUUAAUUGUGCUUGCUGAAUGGAAGCCACCUGUCUAUGAUAACACCAAGGGUGUAACUCUGGUUACUGCUACAACCCGCCGCAAUUCUCCAAAUAAUUUGGAUUCAAAGAUCCACCACAACAACCUGCUGAAUAAUAUACUUGCAAAGGUAGAAGGGAAUAAUGCAAAUGCUGAUGAUGCAAUAAUGCUCGACAAGGAUGGAUAUGUAUCUGAAACAAAUGCAACAAAUAUUUUUAUGGUGAAAAAAGGCAGAGUCUUGACACCUCAUGCAGACUAUUGUCUUCCUGGAAUAACUCGAGCUACUGUCAUGGACCUUGUGGUGAAGAAAGGUUUUGUCUUAGAAGAGCGACGACUUAGCCUCUCAGAGUUCCAUACGGCAGAUGAGGUAUGGACAACUGGAACUAUGGGAGAACUUAGCCCAGUUGUGAAGAUUGAUGGGCGUUUGAUUGGAGAGGGGCAGGUAGGACCAGUGACGCGAGAGCUGCAGAAGGUAUACCAAAAAUUGACAGAAGAGAUCGGAGUGCCUAUACCAACCUAUCAGAAAGAUUGAUUUCAAAAGGAACUUGAGUCACUAAGUUGCUGGAAUUGAUGGCUUGAUGAAUGAUGAUGAACAUGAUUCUCUUCUUAAAAGGUUGGAUUCUCAUUUAAGUGGCAAUGAAGUAGGAAGCAGCACAAAAAUAAAGAGGAUCGUCAAGGAUGGAUCUAUCGAAUUUGCCCAUGUUUACAAAUUCAAUUGUUGCACAAUAGAUGCUAAUCAAAUCAGAGCUGUAUUGUCAUGCAGCUUUUUAAUGUGAUUAAAUGAUGUAGGUUGUUCACUAUUUGGCAUCUGCUCUGUAAAUAAAACAAAUGCGAACUGCCCUGAAUCAGUUUGGUUCUUAAUAAAUGUUUAAUCCCUCAAUAGAUUACAAAAUUUACACCUAA